ACUGGAGAAGAGUUCUCGCUUCUGAUAGUGUCUGUCUGGUCAGAAAUUCUUCAACUCACAAUCUCGAUUUCUGAUGUUUUGUCUCUCUGAUUGAAAGGUGUUAUAGGUUCUGAUUCAAGAUGGGUAACAAAGCUACGACUGUGAAAGAAGAACGUGAAGUGAUCCACUUGAAGGUUGUACCUCCGUUGGACAAAGUUUUUCUGCGUUGGCUUGCUAGAGAUCUCCAGAGAGUUCACGGAGUCAAACCGAGUAUCAACACUCGUGCGAUCACUCCUCCAGAUAGCUACAUUGAGUUUAUGCGGUUAAAUGGAUCCCUUGAUGUGGAUUUAGAUGACCCUGCUCUUGCCCAUUUGUUCAAGUAAAAACAAAAACAAAAAAAAAGGUUCUUUUGGUGUCUUCUGUGUUUGUUUUGUAUGAAGCUUUCAAACUCUUUAUAUCUCUUACCUUAUGAUUACUCCAUACAUAAGCUUUUUGUAUUGAAAGCUCGUCUAUAGAUAUUAUCUUGAUCUAACAGCAGAGCAUUCAAAUGAUAUCCGAGUGUCUGCAUUCAGAUGA